GUUGCCGCGCUUCUUUCGAAGCCACUGCUUUCACCGCCCCGAAGAAGAACCUUGUCUUCUUGGGCUCUCCUCAGGUGUGUGUUUCUGUUCUAGAUGCACUACUUGAUGCCUCUAAAGAUCCGAGUUCAAACUUUCAGCAAUUCAUCCCCUCUUGUCGCCGCACGAGACCAACAAUUAGUAUCAGAGCGAGGACACUUCAUAAGGACUAACUGCCGACCGAAGCACAUGAGAAAUGACCGGACCAAGCAUCUACUUGCUUAACUUCGAGGGAGGAGUUCAUGACAUGGAAAAAGAAAGUGGAGAUAUUUUUUAAAACAGAUUUUGAUUUAUUAUUAAUAAUGAAAUAUGAUUUUGUAGCACAUAAAGAUAGGAGCCGAUAAAGAAGAAUACCUGGGGAUAAAAAAAAAGCAAGCUGACUUCGUAGCAAAUGACAAUGUAGAAUUCCAUCUACUAAGCGUUCUACCACCAUAAGAAGUCAAUCGGAUUAGAGCCUACAAGUCAGCCAAAGAACUCUAGGAGCAAUUCCUGGAGUUGCACAAAGGGACCUCGGAGGCCAAACUCGCAAAGGGAGAUAUGCUCCGGAACCAACUUAGCAACCUCAAAAUGGAAGAAGGUGAAACAGUUACCCAUCUACACUCAAGGAUCAAGGAGUUGAUCACCGGACUCACAAAUCUCGGAGAAAUGGUAACAAACCGAGAUUCAUUAAGGUACACUUUAAAUGCAUUUCCGAGAACAUCUGAGUGGACAUCCAUAGUUGACUCCUUUUAUAUCUCUAAGAACCUUGAGGCGAGUACAUUAGAAAAUCUAUUUUCUACUUUUGAACUUCAUGAAUCGAAAUGUGCAGACUUAAAAAAUAAAGAAGAAAAGAUAGCUCAAAACCUAACAUUGAAAGCUAACCAGAUUCAGACACAUCACUCAACGAAGAUGAAGCUGCAUUUAUGGUGUGGUGCUAUAACGGUCAAGAAGAAGAGCACUUCAAGGACCUCCCCAAAACUAAAGGAGAAAGAUAAGAACAAAAGGCCAACGCGAACGAAGCACAAAAAUCUAAAGGCGACGUGAGACAAAUCGUCAUCAUCAGAGGCAGAAAUUGAAGCCCAUGCUAAACUUACACUUAUGGCAAGUCACUAAGAAGUAAACGAUGAAGCAAGUUCAUCCGAAAUGAGCAUCGAGAGUAUCGAUGAAGGGGGAGCUAAAGAAGAAAGCGGUGACAAAGGGGUAGUGUUGAACAACGAAAUCAAUACGGUUAGUAAGCUUGCAGCAAUAGUCACCCAACCACCUUCUGGAAGGGGCAGAGGGAGGAAGCUGAUGCCAUCUCCUAUUGCUCAGCAUGCCUUGGACAAAGGAUUCCCUCAAGACCUCAUACUCACACCACAGAAGGCUGGAGAGGAUAAUUUCUUGGCUGAUUUAAGGUCUAUAAGUCCUGAACUUUGUGUUACUGCAGCAUAUGGAAAUAUAUUACCUAAAAAGUUUCUGGAAAUCCCACCAUGUGGUACUGUUAAUAUACACCCAAGUCUGUUGCCCCUCUACCGUGGUGCUGCUCCUGUUCAAAGAGCUUUGCAGGAUGGUGUCACUGAAACAGGAGUUUCACUUGCAUAUACUGUCCGAGCUCUGGAUUCUGGGCCAAUUAUUGCUAGUGAAAAAGUGCCUGUUGAUGAUAUUAUUAAGGCACCAGAUUUGCUGACAAUGUUGUUUAAGAUAGGAUCUGGAUUACUUCUUCGUGAACUUCCACAUAUUUUGGAUGGUAUUGCAAAAUUGAAAGCACAACCACAGGAUCACUCUAAAGCCUCUUCGGCACCAAAGUUGACCAACGACGAGUCAUGUCUAUCAUUCGACCAAGAUGCUAAAACAAUACACAACAAGGUACGAGCAUUUGCAGAUUGGCCAGGAACUCGUGCUAAGUUUCAAGUGAUUGACAUGAACGGUAAUGCCAAUGUGGUUGAGAUAAAGAUCACUACAACUAGGAUCUCUGAUGCCACUGACGUUGAUGGAGGUGGAAAUGAGAUAAUUUACUCUCGUAGCGCAUUGCUUGUCCCAUGCGCUGGCGAUUCUUGGCUUGAGGUUCUAGAGCUUCAACCUCCUGGGAAGAAGGUCAUGAGUGCACGAGAUUUUUGGAACGGCUUGCGGGGGCAGAAGCUGAAACUUCCUCAGAAGGCUCUUUCACAUAUUUGAAGGCACUGGCAAUAAUUUCUUCCUGGUUGGAUUUGUUGGUGUUGUUAUUGUUUCUUCAAUUGCUUUAAUAUUCUUGAGAAAUCAGUAGUCUCUUUACAUCCAAACUUUCAUUAAAAAAAAUCUAAAUUGUUUACUAUUUUCUGA